AUGAAUGAUACCAUAGGCUAUGCUACGUAUCAACAGCAGUACAACUCAACAUCGUCGUCCACAUCCUAUCAGACCAAUGACACUAUAUCCAUUGUAUUGUUCUUUUCCAUCAUAGCAUUGCUGCUGCUGUCGUUUGUGCUGUACUUUUGGUAUACAGAGAGACACAAGAUACCCAUCGAUCAGAGAGGAGAUCAGGCAGUGGGGCAGCAACAAGAGAUCUACUUGCUGGUCGACAACAUUUCAAGCCAAGUGAAGACCACCUUUAAAAUACCCAUCUUUACACUGAUACUCGUGCUAUGGAAGAAAUACACGGGCAAAACAGCAACUGUCAUGGAAUCUACAGCUACCGUCGCUGCUUUGGACAGGAACCCUCAUAUAAAUGCAACUACUGCAGCAAUCAAUACCAAUACCACGGCUCCAUUAGCAACAACAACCACAACAACAACGCCGCUAAUAUUGCAUGAACAUCAGCGCGUGUACCACUCGAAACUGUACCACUUGUUUUCUCUCUUGUUCAUCGUCAGUUUUGUCAUUGCACUGUCCAUCUUGAUAGGUGCUGUCAACUCGACCAUCGACGACCAUUCAUCCACACUGCUGCUGCAAGCUGCCUUGUUUGUGUUUGUGCUCUCCAUCAACCUGUAUCUGAUCACUCGACAACGAUGUUACUACAUGGAAAGACGAAAGCUGUUUGGCGAGAACGAUGCGCACAUCAAUGCCAUCUACGAUACACGGUUCUCUAACUGGGACAAGUCCAUGUGGUCAAAUUGGGUGCAGAUCACUAUCCUCAUCAUCGAGUUCUUUCAGCUCAUGACAUUUCCACUGAGGGAUUUGAUUACUGUCACGUCGCUCGUCAGUGAGGAUGAGUCCAACACACGUCAAACAGAGACAUCGCAGCUGAUCUCCUUUGUCCUUAAUGCAGGUGGUUUGAUGCCAGACAUGAGAACGCCUACCUGGUACACCUAUUCAUUGUGGACUGCAUUUACUGUAACAUGUGUCAGCCUGAUAUUAGGUCUCAUCAUACACGCUGUCAAUUACAAAUACCCCUACAAGCUGCCAACACGGUGGGUGCGAUGGUGUAUACCAGUUGCAACACUGCUCUAUAUACCCAUAUUGACUACAUUUGUCAGUUCAGCUGCUUGUCAAUCACUCAAUAUACCAACAAACGACUUUAGCGUGACACUACGCUGCAAUGCGCCAAGCAUAUCUCGCCAAUUAUACCUCUGGCUAUCCUUGUUUGGAUACAUCAUAGCCUACUUUCUGAUGACUAUAUUUUUGACCAGCUAUGAACGGGCGCCAACAAAAAACGAAAUUGCCUACAAGUCAAUUGGUGUUGCUUUUAUAAAAAACAUGGGCCUUUUACUGGCAAUUGUGUUUCUAUUGGUCGAAUCAACAACAAAUGUGAAUCGAAUGCGUGCUAUACUCUCAAUCGCCAUCUUACUAACUAUGAUUUGCUACAACAUCAAGACAAGGCCAUGCUAUGUGGACAAGGUCAAUUUCUUCAGAACAGCAUCUUUCACCUGUAUCUUGUGGACCUCGGCGCUCGUAGCAAUACUCAGUGAUACGAAUGCAGCACAGAGCUUGGGGCCCUUGACCGUCAUUUACAUCAUUAUAGGAGGCUGGAUAUUCAUCAUACUAUGCUUCGUCACUGUGUAUUUUAUCUACUAUAUUCAACCUCCAGAUCACGAAAUUCUCAGCAACUCAUUAAACGCAACCAUCGUAGAUCUCUCCUCAAAGUAUGACAGCACAAAUUACUGCGAACGCAAUGAUAUAGAGCGCUCUGAUCAACAAGAGACAGUAACGCUCGAUGAGAACCCUAGAGAUGGCAUACUUUCCAGAUGGUUUUCAUGGACAUCAACCGCAACUAACAAAGAAGCCAAUGUCACCAAUAGAUACUAUUAA